CCACAUUUAUAACAUUACUGAGAAACGGAUCGGAUCUAAGUCCGUGAAGAGAAGCUACGGAGAGUCGGAGACUUUCGCAGAUUGAGCUGUAAGAGGAAAGAUGGGGGGUGGUUUUAGAGUUCUCCAUCUUGUUCGUCCUUUUCUUUCAUUUCUGCCUGAAGUUCAAAGUGCCGACAGGAAAAUUCCAUUUAGAGAGAAGGUCAUAUAUACUGUGAUCUCUCUCUUCAUUUUCCUUGUAUGUAGUCAGCUCCCGUUGUAUGGAAUACACUCUACAACUGGUGCAGAUCCAUUCUAUUGGAUGCGUGUUAUUCUUGCUUCAAAUAGGGGUACUGUCAUGGAGCUGGGAAUCACCCCCAUUGUGACUUCUGGACUUGUUAUGCAACUCUUAGCUGGGUCAAAAAUUAUUGAAGUUGACAACAAUGUUCGUGAGGAUCGUGCACUUCUAAAUGGAGCACAGAAGUUAUUAGGCAUUCUAAUAGCUAUUGGGGAGGCUGUCGCAUAUGUUCUCUCUGGGAUGUAUGGCAGUGUUAGCCAACUUGGUGUCGGCAAUGCAAUUCUCAUUAUUAUCCAACUCUGCUUUGCUGGCAUAAUAGUUAUUUGCUUGGAUGAACUCCUUCAGAAAGGAUAUGGUUUAGGGUCUGGAAUUUCACUCUUCAUUGCAACCAACAUUUGUGAGACAAUCAUUUGGAAGGCGUUUAGUCCAACUACAAUCAACAGUGGACGUGGAGCUGAAUUUGAAGGAGCUGUUAUAGCUUUGUUCCAUUUAUUAAUUACCCGGACAGAUAAGGUCCGUGCACUUCGAGAGGCUUUCUAUCGGCAAAACCUACCAAAUGUAACAAACUUGCUUGCCACAGUAUUGAUCUUCCUCAUUGUUAUCUACUUCCAAGGCUUCCGAGUUGUUUUGCCUGUGAGGUCAAAGAAUGCCCGUGGACAACAGGGGUCAUAUCCAAUUAAGCUAUUUUACACUUCAAAUAUGCCAAUCAUUUUGCAGUCUGCACUUGUAUCGAAUCUUUACUUUAUCUCACAGUUGCUGUAUAGGAAAUACAGUGGAAAUUUCCUCGUGAACCUGUUGGGGAAAUGGAAAGAAUCUGAAUAUUCUGGUCAAUCUGUUCCUGUUGGUGGUCUUGCUUAUUACAUUACAGCACCAUCAAGUUUGGCAGAUAUGGCAGCCAAUCCUUUUCAUGCUUUAUUUUAUAUUGUGUUUAUGCUGUCAGCUUGUGCUUUGUUUUCAAAGACCUGGAUUGAAGUUUCAGGAUCAUCAGCCCGGGAUGUGGCUAAACAGUUAAAGGAACAACAAAUGGUGAUGCCGGGGCACAGGGAAUCAAAUCUGUACAAGGAACUGAACCGUUAUAUACCUACUGCGGCGGCUUUUGGUGGUAUGUGCAUUGGUGCACUGACAGUACUGGCAGAUUUCAUGGGUGCAAUUGGUUCUGGGACGGGGAUUCUGUUGGCUGUCACAAUCAUAUACCAGUAUUUCGAGACCUUCGAGAAGGAAAGAGCCAGUGAGCUGGGUUUCUUCGGAUUCUAAACCCCAUUUUGCAGUUGCCCUUGAACCAGUUAUCGUUUUUCGUGUGCUGCAAAAUUUAGGUUUUGCCCAAACCACCAAUUCAGGAAUAUGUGAUAGCUCAGUGUUAGCUUCUGACUAGGAAACUCUGCCCCAAUUUGUUUGUUGGAUUUGUGUAUCCAGAUGAGAGAUUGAAUUUUGCAGCUGCUGACCUUCUGGCAAUGGUGAUUAAGGUUUCCAAAGACCCCUAUGAAUUGAAUCAGAAGUAGAAUUUUUUAUGCUUUACUAGCCUAGCCUACCCAACUGAAGUUCUUUUUAUAAUCUACACAGUAAUUUCUGUUGUUUAGUUGAAUGAAAUAGAGAACUAGUUAUUUAUGGGUGAUAUAAUACGAUGAGAAUGGGGAUGUUGUUACCU